AUGAAGUCUUUCAUAUCCGUGCCAUUCGUGGUCCUAGCCCUGGGAUCUGUCCAGUUUGCCUUCGGCCAGCAUGAGAGAAAUGCAUCCUCCACAACCUUUGCCAAUACAGUCGAUUUAAAGACAGGUGCCGAUUGUGCGUGCAACAAGCUGAUCUCCUACUCGGAGCACACUCUUUUCCCGGACUCAGCCAACUACGCCACGCAAGCGACCGACUAUUGGGACGUCCGGGCAGACCUUCACCCGGCGUGCAUCUUUCUCCCUACGUCGGCCAGCCAGGUAUCCGAUGCUGUUACUAUAUUCUCAAAGUGCGGUGCUCAGUUCGCAUUCCCAGGCUCGAAUAACAUUGAAGGGGGUGUCCUUCUAGCCUUGAACAAUAUGAAGAACUACACCGUCAACAAUGCCACAAUCAGCGUCAGUCCCGGAAUGACCUGGUACGACGUGUACUCAGCGCUUGAUCCCUACGGCCGCAUUGCCAUCGGCGGCCGCCUGAAGACGAUCGGAGUCCCCGGCCUGGCCCUGAUCGGCGGCAUCCAUUACUUCGUGAACAAAUACGGCUUUGCUAUGGACAACGUCGUCGAGUACGAAGUCGUCUUAGGAAACGGCACCAUAGUCACAGCCAGUGCGACAUCCCAUCCAGACCUCUUCUGGGCUCUAAAAGGCGGCGCAAACAACUUUGGAAUUGUGACCAAGUUCAAGCUGCGAACUUACGAGGUACCUCACAUCAGCACCACGAUCCAGGAAUUUGGCGAGGGGGAUGUCUAUGAUUUCAUCAAGGCUGCGUGUGACCUACUCGUCAACAAUGACGCAUCUACGGCCGCCGGGAACGUCUUGACGAUUACCUACAAUGCAACUACCGGUACUGUUUCUCCCAUGCUCCUCGGUGUCCAGGAGGGCAUCAGUCGUCCUCCGUCAAGUUUUGCCAAUUUUACCGCCAUCCCUGGGGACAUUAAGAUUCACAACGUCACAACCUCCAAGCAAUGGGCCGAGAACCUUGACUCUCCCAAGCAGAUGUUCCGUGUCAUGUUCGGCCAUCACUCCAUGUCCCCCGACCCCGACGUUCUCUACUCAAUGUACGAGACCUGGAAAGACGCCGUGAACCAAAUCGCCGAUGUGCAAGGCCUGUAUCCAACGUUUGUUCUGAACCUGUCUCCCACCAGCGCCGCAACCAUUAGCAAGACCAACGGAGUCGGUAAUACGUGGGGUCUCCUUGAGGAGCCUUUGCUUUGGUGGCAAACGAGCACCGGGUGGGAUAACGCCGAGGACGACCUUCGCGUUGAGGCCUGGACGCGCCAACUCGUUGAGAACCUGCAUGCGGAGAACAAACGCAACGGGCUGGCGAGGGAGUUUAUCUACAUGGGCGACGCGGGCGAAUGGCAGAAUCCCUUUGCUGGCUUCCCAGCUGAGAACGUGCAGCGGAUGAAGGAGAUUAGGGAGAGAUAUGACCCCUCCCGCACGUUUUCGAGGCUGAAUUGGGGUGGGUUUAAGCUUGGUUAUUGA